AUGAGGUUUUUCACCAAAGUGAUAGUUUGGGCCUCGAUCGUGGGAUCCAUUUUGCUCCUCGGCCUGGGAUCAGUGAUCUGCUACAUGCGGUACUCGAGCAUUAUUGCAACACCCACAUCGACGACUUCCCUCACGGCCAAUAGCUUUUGGGAGGCAGAAAUCACAAGUUGGCCUGUGUAUUUGUACGAUCAUCAAGGAACGUGGAUCUUUUUGGGGAUACUUUGCACAAUUGCAUUGGUUUUGGACAUAAUCUUGGUAGUUUUCUUGCGUAAAAGGAUUCAAAUCGCAAUCGAAAUUCUAAGAAUGACCUCCAAGGCCGUGGUUCAAGUUCCUAGUGUACUGACUUUCCCUAUCUUACCGGCUACACUUCAAAUCGUCGUAUUUAGUACUGCCCUCUUAAUUGCAACCUAUUUGGCUUCAACAGGCGAGGCUCAAUUCCGCACCCAAUUAACCGAUUGUCCAAGUACUUUUUGCAUCGGCAUGGAUGGACAGAACUACACGCACAACUCGGAGUGCCACCCCGAUCAGUUCGAUUGUUCCUCGUGUCCCGAGUCGAAUUGCAUCUUUUUCCGUUACGGACCUUCACAUGAGGUGGCCUUUUAUCAGGUCUUCAAUGUUAUCUACGGCAUCUGGGUGCUUUUCUCACUCGUGGCCUUUGGUCAAUUGGUGUUGGCUGGAGUUUUCAGUAGUUGGUAUUUCGUCUUGGAUAAGAAGCGAAACAUGCCCGCUUGUCUUUUAAUAAGAGCCUUGAAGCAAACGUGUCGUUAUCAUUUGGGCACGGCCAUCUUUGGAGCGUUGAUCCUGACUCUUCUCACGUUGAUUCGAAUGGGCUUGGAUUAUUUGGAGCGGAAGUUGAAGAGCUAUAACCAAGACAAUGCUUUGGUCAAAGCUAUUCUGGCAUGCAUGAAGUGUUUCUUUUGGUGUUUGGAGAAGUUCAUCAGGUAUUUGAAUCGGAACGCCUACAUUAUGACGGCUAUUCAGGGCACUAACUUUUGCCGCGGAGCACGAGAGGCCUUCGUUUUGUUGUUGGAAAAUGUCUUGAGAGUGGCAGUGUUGACCAGAAUCACGAACUUGAUCAUCCUGAUCUCCAAGUUGGUCAUUAUGGGAACUUCUUUGGGCAUAUCCUACUUGAUGCUGAGCCACCAGUUUCAAUGGAUGAACGAGAUUGUCGGUCAUGUGAACUACAUUUUCGUGCCCUUGCUUCUCAUUGGCUUUGGGUCGUUUGUGGUGGCUUCUCUUUUCCUCGAAGUCUACGAGAUGGGCGUGGAUACGAUUCUGCUCAGCUUUCUGAUCGACUCCAAGCACAACGAUGGCUCAAAAGCUCGACCUUAUUUCAUGUCUAAGAGCAUGUUAAAGUUGCUGAAGCGAGUCAAUGAGGAUUUGACUGAAGUCUCGUCCGGGGAACCGGAUGCACCAGAAACGGCCGGUGAUGAUGUGGUGUCCGAUCUUAAACCAAGGAAUCAAGACACUAAAGCCGCCAGGAAAAGGGCCAAGAAAAGCCGCAAGAAAAAAGCACGCUCGAACUCUUGAUCACCUUGAGUACUUACUUGACUUCAAAUGGGCAUCCCAACUUCUUUGAGAAAUUAAGCUGAAGAUAUCUUUUUAUUAAAAUGGUCGAAGUGAUACACACGUGUUUGAACGUAAUUCGGAUAAUCAAGCCUCACGUUCACAGGUUAGGGCCGAGGGCCUAGAGUGUCCGCUGAUUUUAAGAUGUAUCCAUGGCCACCUGUCGUACUUGAGUGGACUCGACAAUCACGGGGCGUUUGACCUCGGACAAGACCACGGAUGAGCCUUUGGGAUAGUCGUAGCGCUGCUUGCGUUCCCCCUUCUUAUUGGCCAACUCAUAACCUCGCAGAUACUCGACCUGGUCAUUGGCCUUGAUCACGGCCAAAUCCACAUUCGAGCCCGAGCCCAAA